AUGACUCAGCAGGUGACACAGAGCAGUUAUCCUCCCCUCAGAGAUAACUCCAUAGUGUGUGUUUUCCACCAGGAUGAUUGGCACUGACCCCCUAGAGACCUGGGAUUGGUGCCAGGGCAGUAGCGUGUGUGAGAGAGGGAUAAUUAGGCUACUUUCAGCCAGAGUGUGUUUGGGGUCCAGCUAAAUCUGUUACGAGAUUGAAGCCAGCAGGGAAAGAGAGAGCCAUGUCUGUAUGAAUGACUGCCUGGAGAGGGCUGCCUUUAGAAACACUCCUUCAAUUGAUGAAGGGAAACUAGACACACAGACACGUCUUGUACAGUGGUAUCUCAGAUUGUGAGAAGUAAGUGAGUUGCCAAGGUAACAUCCUGGAGGAGGAGUCAAGAACUAGGACAUGGUUAAAUAGCAGCCUGAUGAAAUGUCAUUUGUCUGUCUACGUUUGUGUCAGGGGUGUAGGCAUGGCCCUGCCGGGACCACCCACUGGGGAAGCCAGGCCCUGCCAGGCCCACCCACUGGGGAACCAGGCCCUGCCAGGCCCACCCACUGGGGAACCAGGCCCUGCCAGGCCCACCCACUGGGGAACCAGGCCCUGCCAGGCCCACCCACUGGGGAGCCAGGCCCUGCCAGGCCCACCCACUGGGGAACCAGGCCCUGCCAGGCCCACCCACUGGGGAGCCAGGCCCUGCCAGGCCCACCCACUGGGGAGCCAGGCCCUGCCAGGACCACCCACUGGGGAAGCCAGGCCCUGCCAGGCCCACCCACUGGGGAGCCAGGCCCUGCCAGGCCCACCCAAUCAGAUUGAGCAAAAACAAUAAAAUGCAGGCCUACCCACCAAAGAAUUUCUGGCUACGCCCCUAGUGUGUGUGUGUGUGUGUGCAUGCGUGUGUAUUUGUGUUCCUUAUCUCAGAGGCAAGGUACAUUAGGUUGAUAUCCGAAGCUUGUUUCAGUACUUUACCACUCUGACUGAUCAAAGUAGACUAUUAUUGAUUAUCGAUCACCUACUGAAUGAGUCAUCAGGGAGAUGAAUACCUUCAUCCUCAUCAUCCUCAUCAUCAUUGGCAGCACUAUUACUGACCAAGCGUUCAUGGAGGGACAGAGAACUACAUAGACUCAGUGAGAUAUGGGUUUGUGGUUAUAGAUUUGAGUAAAUCUCAACUAACCAUACGGUACCUUUAUUUUAGACCAGUGGGUUUGAACUGUGACACACCUGAAGCCUUUUUAAUCUUCUUGUGAUGCCAAGUACACAACACCCGUGUAGCUCAGUUGGUAGAGCAUGGCGCUUGCAACGCCAGGGUUGUGGGUUCAAUUCCCAUGGGGGGCCAGUGUGAAGAAGAAAAAAAAAAAUGUAUGCACUCACUAACUGUAAGUCGCUCUGGAUAAGAGUGUCUGCUAAAUGACAAAAACAUUAAAAAAAAUUUUUUUAAUACAACCUAGUCUUUAGAGGUGACUCAAGAUGAACUGGCCUGUCUGACUAUUUAGGAAACAGUUCCUCAUUCCACCAAUCAGCACACUGUAUCAGUUCAUUAUAACAGGGGACCUGUCAGAGGUGUGUCACUCUGUGUGAGAAGCAGUCAUAUCUGUGUCUGAGCAAAGCUCCUCUAAACAGCUUACUACUAGACAUUCUCAGACAGGAAGCAGUUCAUAAAGUCAAAGGUUAAAGUCCGUUGUGAGUGAGAAACUUUUCCAGUCCUUUGUAAUCCCCACCUCCACCUCCACCCUUACAGAUUGUUCAGUCUGCCUGCUGGUUCUGUGUGGUGAUGAGUCCAGUAGCCAGUUGUAUGGUUCCUAAGGCCUGUAGUAACAGGAGGAACUCCAAUAGGGACUUAGCACUGAAUAUUCAUACAUACAUUUCAAAGUACAGUACUUUUUGUUCCUGUGUCCUGUUCAUGGUUGACAUUCUGUGAUGUUCAUGUUAUACUAUAUUAUAUUAAUGUUAUAUUAAUUUAUUACAUCCCUUAUUUACACUCACUUCUCCUGUCCCCCUGCUUCUCUAUUGGCUGGGCCUGCUGUCGGGGCGGGGAGAUUAGACAAUGAUUAGGUUCCAUAAAGUGUUGCAUGUUAAUGUUGAGUUAACGUUUGACCAGGCUGGAUGGGGCUGUAGCGAUCACACUACAGUCCAAGGAGUGACACUGGAACUCUUAAGCAAGGUAUGUCUCUCCCUCUUCUUCGCUCCCUCUUUCAUUCCCUCUCGCUCUCUCUCUUUUUCUGUGUCAUCAAUGUUGAGUUGAAGCCUGUAUCUGUUGGUUACUUCUGUUUUGUAUAUUUGUGUUUAAUAUUGAGCAUUUUCCGUUAGGGGAUUUCUGUUGGGUGUGUGUAGUGAUCUUGACUUGACUUUGCCAGGGCCUGUGUGUGUGGGGGGUGUUGGCCAGUGUGUGUGUUUGUGUGUGAGUGUGUGUGUAUAUAUGGCAGCUUGAAGUCUGUGUUAUUGAACACCACUGUCCUGGGGCCUCUGGAGCCUCUGGGGUCUGGUUUCUGGGUCAGACACAGGGGCCUGGCUUUGAUCUGGUCUGGUCUUGAGGGCAGAAAGACACCAAAGGUCACUCAGUGUUGGCCUUCUAGAGAGAGGCCUAGAGCAGGCCUCACACAAUGUUAGAAAAAUGCAUUCUAAGGGUUGAGAUGAAUCUGUUUUAUAACGGAGACAUGUCGCAACAUCUCAGAGUAGUGUGUUUCCUUUAGUCAUCCAUCUUGUGCUUGUCUGGGAGUGCUGGUUUGCUGUGUUCUGAUCCCCAUGUGUUGUGCAUGAUUAGUAAUGGCGAUGCUGGCCUGUGUCAGUCAGUCAGUCAGUCAGUCAGUCAGCAGGGACAGAACUCCUGGAGACACAGAGAGUGCAGAGAGCCAGCGGGAGAGAGAUGUAACAGGUGACUAACAGAAGAGAGUUUGUGUUUUAGGAGAAGGUAGUAGAUAAGAUUUGAGCAGUAGCUAGAUAGUGAGACAAGUAAUGGGAGUUCUAUGUAGGGACCACAGGUGACCGGUGGCACCUUAAUUGGGGAGUACAGGCUCAUAGUAAUGGCUGGCAUGGAAUAAAUUGAAUGGUAUCGAACACAUCAAACACAUGGUUUCUAUGUGUUUGAUACCAUUCACUCCAUUCCAGCCAUUAUUAUGAGCAAUCCUCCCCUCAGCAGCCCCCUGUGGUAGGGAAAAUUAAAUGCACUGUCAGGUAGAGCGUAUCGUGCUGCGAGCGAAGCAAAGGUCAUCUGCAGCCGCAAGCCUCAAAGUCACCUUCACACUCUUAAUAUACACCUAUCACCUCUCUCUGCCCUCUACAAGACUGGGUCAUACACAUAGACUCACACGUACUGGACACGCUAUAGACUCACACGUACUGGACACGCUAUAGACUCACACGUACUGGACACACUGACACAGUUAGAGAAACAGGUAAAACACAAACACACACUGUACAGAUGCACAUCCUGUUGAGGUGUGUUAUAUCCACUCUGUUCUCGUUGUACAGAACAGAAUGUCCUUUCCUUGUUGGUGUCCUUUAGCCUGUCAUGGAGACGUGUACAUCAGAAGGCUGAGGUUAUGGUUGUGUGUGUUCUGGAGUAUAUUUACAUUUGACAUUUUAGUCAUUUAGCAGAUGCUCUUAUGCAGAGCGACUUACAAUUAGUGCAUUCAUCUUAAGAUAGCUAGGUGAGACAACAACACAUCACAAUCGUAUCAAGUACUUUUUCCGUCAUCACAGUAUUUAUCAGCAAAGUCAGUGUUAGUGGGAAAAGGGGCGCUGUGAGAGUUAUUUAAGAUACUUCAAAGAGGUAGGGUUUCAGAACGGCUCGUAAUAAUGUCCGGAACGGAGCAAAUGGAAUGGCAUCAAACACCUGGAAACCAUGAGUUUAACGUAUUUCAUACCAUUCCACUGACUCUGCUCCAGUCAUUACCACAAGCCCAUCCUCCCCAAUUAAGGUGCCACCAACCUCCUGUGAUAUAUAUAUUUCUAAAGAUGACAGGUGUGUGGUUGUGUGUGUGUUGUGAAUCUUCAUGAAAGUGUUUAUAGUGAAGGAGUGUCAGUAGAGAUGAGCAUUAGCUCUCAGUAGAUUUAUUCUGUUCCUCAUAUCUGUCUCUGUCUCUGUAUGACUGCUGCUGUUGGAGCAAGGAGGGGCUCACUGACUGACACUAUUUCAAUCUACAGUAAUACACACACACCUUUAGGGUAUUUUUACUCUCUCUGUUCCCCCGCCCUAAGCUGUUAUUUCAGGCUAUGAGGUCACUGUCAGGUCAUGGGGGGUCGCACACCCGAAUGACCUUUCACUAACGAAUGAGUCACAUCUGGAGGGGGAGGGGGAGGGGGGUGGUGGUCGUCCAGUCAUCUUCAAAAGGGAAUACUUACACUAGAUAACCUGGCUACCUGUCCCCUCUCUGCCCCUAGAGCUUUAAACGUCCAUGUAUGGUCAGUCAUGGCUGCCGCUGGCUCAAACCGACUUUCAGUUUCUAACCAGGGGGCGGGGCUAUCUGGUUGAGUGGGAGGAGUCCUACACAUGAAGGCCAUUGACUUCCCCGUCAGCUCAAAGUCUGUCUGAUAGAGAGAGAGAUAGUGUGGCCCUGGCAGGGGAUAGUUGGACUACAGUACACUCCCUUAGUGGAUUCCUGUUAGUGAUAGUAAGAGAGAGCCCUUGUCUCUAGUCCUUCAGGGGAAUCAGUAACAGACUCUACUACCAGGGAAGGGAAGGUGCUGAAAAACGAACCACUUCUCACCACUGGUGGACCCAUUCGCAAGCACGCACGCACGCACGCACGCACACACACACACACACACACACACACACACCUAGACCAGGGUUUCCCAAACUCGGGCCUGGGGCCCCCCUGGGUGCACGUUUUGGUUGUUGCUCUAACUCUACACAGCUGAUUCAAAUAACGACUCAUCAUGAGUGGUCCUCUGUAGCUCAGCUGGUAGAGCACGGCGCUUGUAACGCCAAGGUAGUGGGUUCAAUCCCCGGGACCACCCAUACACAAAAAUGUAUGCACGCAUGACUGUAAGUCGCUUUGGAUAAAAGCGUCUGCUAAAUGGCAUAUUAUUAUUAUCAUCAAGUUUUGAUUAUUUGAAUCAGCUGUGUAGUGCUAGGGGGAAAAAAAUUUGCACCCAGGGGGGCCCCAGGGACGAGUUUGGGAAACCCUGACCUACACAACCUCUCAUUGACAAAGGCUUUAUUACAGUCUACCUCUGUGUGUUCUACUUCUCCCCCAUCUCCACCCCCUCCUCUCCCUCCCAUCUUCCUCCUCUCAGAGUCUCGACACUGAAGCUUAUCAUGGCACAUCCCACAAUGCACCUGCUGCUGCUCAGCCUCCUCAUCGGCACAGUGAGUUCAUUACGAUCUCAAAUAUUUUACGUUAUACUGUAUUACUCUACAUGCAUUAACUCUUACAUUCAUAUUUGACUGUAACUGUCUGAGGAGUGAGACUUCUCUGGGUUCUGUUCCGGUUUGUUACUGCUGUGUGAGCUUUGGCUCUGGUUGGCAUGGAAACAUGCCACAGGGCGUUGUGCCGCCCUCUGUGACUUAUUAGCGUACUGAAAGAUUGAAUGAGGGACAGACGCACAGGCUCACGCAGACCAGACAGUCUCCUUCUGUGUAAAUCUGUAGAGUCAAUGAGUAACUGUCCUUCUGCAAGGAGAGAGAGAAUUUCUACUGCAUGCUAAAGUGUUGUCCUUGAGAAUCCCAAGGGUUUUACAUUUUCAUUACAGCCGAAUACUGGCACACCUGAUUCAACUAAUCAAGGUGUUCAUUUAUAGUUGAGUGACUGAAUCAGGAGUGCAAGUACUGGGCUGGUGCAAAAAUGUGCAACUCUGGGGCUGUUCAACGAGGAACACUGGGCUACUGUAUAUUUAUCACGUGUUUUGUGAUAGGCUGCUGGGAAAGGCCUGGAGAAGGGACCACUGGAGAACAAGGUUCUAGACGUACCAGAGGGAACACCUGUACCCUACGCCCUCUACCAGGUAACACACACACACACAAACACACACCUGUCCCCUUCAUUUCUUGUCUUUGUAUUAAUCCAUUCUCUCUCCGUCUGCAGUUCCAAGCAUCCCACCUUGAGGUUGAUGGGUUCAGAUUGACAGGAGAGACUGAAGGAAAGAUCAGCAUCUCAGAGGACGGCUGGCUCUACCUGGAACAGGCCCUGGACUGGGCCCACACACAGACACACACUCUAGAGGUAACACACACACAGACACACACUCUAGAGGUAACACACACAGACACACACUCUAGAGGUAACACACACACAGACACACACUCUAGAGGUAACACACACAGACACACACUCUAGAGGUAACACACACAGACCCACACUAUAGUAGUUAACAUACACAGACCCACACUAUAGUAGUUAACAUACACAGACCCACACACUAUAGUAGUUAACCUACAUAGACCCACGCUAUAGUAGUUAACAUACACAGACCCACACACUAUAGUAGUUAACAUACACAGACCCACACUAUAGUAGUUAACAUACACAGACCCACACUAUAGUAGUUAACAUACACAGACCCACACUAUAGUAGUUAACAUACACAGACCCACACUAUAGUAGUUAACAUACACAGACCCACACUAUAGUAGUUAACAUACACAGACCCACACACUAUAGUAAUUAACAUACACAGACCCACACUAUAGUAGUUAACAUACACAGACCCACACUAAAGUAGUUAACAUACACAGACCCACACUAUAGUAGUUAACAUACACAGACCCACACUAUAGUAGUUAACAUACACAGACCCACACACUAUAGUAGUUAACAUAUGCAGACCACACACUAUAGUAGUUAACAUACACAGACCCACACUAUAGUAGUUAACAUACACAGACCCACACACUAUAGUAGUUAACAUACAUAGACCCACACUAUAGUAGUUAACAUACACAGACCCACACACUAUAGUAGUUAACAUACAUAGACCCACGCUAUAGUAGUUAACAUACAUAGACCCACACUAUAGUAGUUAACAUACACAGACCCACACUAUAGUAGUUAACAUACACAGACCCACACUAUAGUAGUUAACAUACAUAGACCCACACUAUAGUAGUUAACAUACACAGACCCACACUAUAGUAGUUAACAUACACAGACCCACACUAUAGUAGUUAACACACACAGACACACACUCUAGAGGUAACACACACAAACACACUCUAGAGGUAACAUACACAGACCCACACUAUAGUAGUUAACAUACACAGACCCACACUAUAGUAGUUAACAUACACAGACCCACACUAUAGUAGUUAACACACACAGACACACACUCUAGAGGUAACACACACAAACACACUCUAGAGGUAACACACACAGACCCACACUAUAGUAGUUAACAUACACAGACCCACACUAUAGUAGUUAACAUACACAGACCCACACACUAUAGUAGUUAACCUACAUAGACCCACGCUAUAGUAGUUAACAUACACAGACCCACACACUAUAGUAGUUAACAUACACAGACCCACACUAUAGUAGUUAACAUACACAGACCCACACUAUAGUAGUUAACAUACACAGACCCACACUAUAGUAGUUAACAUACACAGACCCACACACUAUAGUAGUUAACCUACAUAGACCCACGCUAUAGUAGUUAACAUACACAGACCCACACACUAUAGUAGUUAACAUACACAGACCCACACCACACUAUAGUAGUUAACAUACACAGACCCACACUAUAGUAGUUAACAUACACAGACCCACACUAUAGUAGUUAACAUACACAGACCCACACUAUAGUAGUUAACAUACACAGACCCACACUAUAGUAGUUAACAUACACAGACCCACACACUAUAGUAAUUAACAUACACAGACCCACACUAUAGUAGUUAACAUACACAGACCCACACUAAAGUAGUUAACAUACACAGACCCACACUAUAGUAGUUAACAUACACAGACCCACACUAUAGUAGUUAACAUACACAGACCCACACACUAUAGUAGUUAACAUAUGCAGACCACACACUAUAGUAGUUAACAUACACAGACCCACACUAUAGUAGUUAACAUACACAGACCCACACACUAUAGUAAUUAACAUACACAGACCCACACUAUAGUAGUUAACAUACACAGACCCACACUAAAGUAGUUAACAUACACAGACCCACACUAUAGUAGUUAACAUACACAGACCCACACUAUAGUAGUUAACAUACACAGACCCACACACUAUAGUAGUUAACAUAUGCAGACCACACACUAUAGUAGUUAACAUACACAGACCCACACUAUAGUAGUUAACAUACACAGACCCACACACUAUAGUAGUUAACAUACAUAGACCCACACUAUAGUAGUUAACAUACACAGACCCACACACUAUAGUAGUUAACAUACAUAGAUCCACGCUAUAGUAGUUAACAUACAUAGACCCACACUAUAGUAGUUAACAUACACAGACCCACACUAUAGUAGUUAACAUACACAGACCCACACUAUAGUAGUUAACAUACAUAGACCCACACUAUAGUAGUUAACAUACACAGACCCACACUAUAGUAGUUAACAUACACAGACCCACACUAUAGUAGUUAACACACACAGACACACACUCUAGAGGUAACACACACAAACACACUCUAGAGGUAACAUACACAGACCCACACUAUAGUAGUUAACAUACACAGACCCACACUAUAGUAGUUAACAUACACAGACCCACACUAUAGUAGUUAACACACACAGACACACACUCUAGAGGUAACACACACAAACACACUCUAGAGGUAACACACACAGACCCACACUAUAGUAGUUAACAUACACAGACCCACACUAUAGUAGUUAACAUACACAGACCCACACUAUAGUAGUUAACAUACACAGACCCACACUAUAGUAGUUAACAUACACAGACCACACACUAUAGUAGUUAACAUACACAGACCCACACUAUAGUAGUUAACAUACACAGACCCACACUAUAGUAGUUAACAUACACAGACCCACACUAUAGUAGUUAACAUACACAGACCCACACUAUAGUAGUUAACAUACACAGACCCACACUAUAGUAAUUAACAUACACAGACCCACACUAUAGUAGUUAACAUACACAGACCCACACUAUAGUAGUUAACACACAGACCCACACUAUAGUAGUUAACAUACACAGACCCACACUAUAGUAGUUAACACACACAGACCCACACUAUAGUAGUUAACAUACACAGACCCACACUAUAGUAGUUAACAUACACAGACCCACACUAUAGUAAUUAACAUACACAGACCCACACUAUAGUAGUUAACAUACACAGACCCACACUAUAGUAGUUAACAUACACAGACCCACACUAUAGUAGUUAACAUACACAGACCCACACUAUAGUAAUUAACAUACACAGACCCACACUAUAGUAGUUAACAUACACAGACCCACACUAUAGUAGUUAACAUACACAGACCCACACUAUAGUAGUUAACAUACACAGACCACACUAUAGUAAUUAACAUACACAGACCCACACUAUAGUAGUUAACAUACACAGACCCACACUAUAGUAGUUAACAUACACAGACCCACACUAUAGUAGUUAACAUACACAGACCCACACUAUAGUAGUUAACAUACACAGACCCACACUAUAGUAGUUAACAUACACAGACCCACACUAUAGUAGUUAACAUACACAGACCCACACUAUAGUAGUUAACAUACACAGACCACACGCUGUAGUUGUUAACACACCCGUGAUACAAGUCAGUAUUUGACGUCCAUCCAUGUCUGAGGACGUCAGGAGAUGAUGUGUAAACUGCCCACUAGAGGCAACAGUGAGCGCUGUUACCUUCAAGUAGGUUUUGGCGUUGUGGACAGGGAUGGAGGAUGGGCCUAAGCAUCUGCCUCUGAUUCAAAAGGUUGCAUGUUAAAAUCCAGCGAUAGAAAGUUGUUUUUGAUAUUUUAGUUUUAUGCCUAUCCCAAACCUUAACCCUUACCUUAACCAUUCAGAGUUAAUGUCUAACCUUAAGAAUUUGGAGUUAAUGCCUAAGCUUAACCUUAAACACUUCCAAAUUUGACAUUUGGAACAACUUCAAAAUGUGAUGUUUGAGAAACAUGGAUGAAUGUCUAAUUCUGACGUGAGACUGUGAGAGCUUGUAGGACACACACACAGACAUACACACACUGUAGAGGUAACACACAGACAUACACACACUGUAGAGGUAACACACAGACAUACACACACUGUAGAGGUAACACACAGUCAUACACACACUGUAGAGGUAACACACAGUCAUACACACACUGUAGAGGUAACACACAGACAUACACACACUGUAGAGGUAACACACAGACAUACACACACUGUAGAGGUAACACACAGACAUACACACACUGUAGAGGUAACACACACAGACAUACACACACUGUAGAGGUAACACACAGACAUACACACACUGUAGAGGUAACACACAGACAUACACACACUGUAGAGGUAACACACAGUCGGAUAGCUGGUCGAUUCCCAGAUCUGACAAGUAUCUGCAUGCACACACAUACACAAUGACAUUUUGUACAGACCCACACACACACAUUUCAGCUUCAUGUUGUUGUUGUUGUUGUUGUUGUUGUGUUGUAGCUGGAGGCCUUAGUGGGUUCAGAACCAGUAGAAGGUCCAGUCAGCAUCACCAUCAACGUAUUGGACGUCAACAACCAUGCCCCCUCCUUCAACCAGACUGACUACAACGGCAUCGUCAAGGAACGUACCCCCGCAGGUCUGUCUGUCUGUCACUCUGUCUGUCUGUCUGUCUGUCAGUCUGUCUGUCUGUCUGUUUCUCUGUCUGUCUGUCUGUUUCUCUGUCUGUCUGUCUGUCAGUCUGUCUGUCUGUCUGUUUCUCUGUCUGUCUGUCUGUUUCUCUGUCUGUCUGUGUGUUCAUUAUGUGUGUGUGUGUGUUGCAGGUGUUCCAUUUGCGCGUGUGUUUGCUACUGACCUGGACGACCCAGAGUCUCCCAACGCCCAUCUGAGUUACACCCUGGUCUCCCAGAUCCCCAACAGAGACAACACACUGUUCUUCCAGAUCAACAGCAACACAGGAGAUAUUUCUACUACUGCCGAGGGUAACACACACACACACGCACACACACACAAACACACACACACACUCACGGAGAGCCCCAAAGUGCACACACAUAGAUCAUCCCAGAUGUUGUGGUCUCUCAUUUCAUCCUGUAUGAGUGGUAAUCUGUGAGUUCUGCAUCUGUAGUCUCACACCAGCCGAGAUUACUACAACUAAACUCACGUGCUCCAGAUUAACACAUCAGAUUAACACAUGCUUGGUGUCAUAUUGACCACAUGUACCACGUGAUUAUAUUACUGAUUCCAGCUGUGUGUGUAUGUGUGUUCCUGCAGGAGAGCGUCUGCUGAAGGCCAGGGAAGGUGUUGUUCAUUCCAGAGGAGGGGACUUUAGGGAUUCUCUGAAGAAGAAGUUUGAUGAGUACUGCACCCCCACAGAUGACAUCCCUUAUGAACUCAACCCCUUCUACAGCUGUGUACAGAGAGCAGGUUUGUGUGUGCUUCACUGUACUUACUAGUAGUUUUAGAUGAAACUCUAAAAUCACUAUUGUCAGGUAAGCCUGACCAAGAUGGUCCAAGAGAGAGAGAGAGCGAGAGAGAGAGAGGAUAAAGAGCGAGAGAGAGAGCGAGAGAGAGAGAGAGAGAGAAAGAGAGAGAGAGAAAAGGAUAGAGAGAGAGAGAGAGAGAGAGAGACGAGAGAGGAUAAAGAGAGAGAAGAGAAAAUGUAUAGAUAUAGUAGAGAGAGAGCGCAGAGAUCAAUUAGAAGAGAUGAAAUAGAUACAAGAGAGAGAAAGAAUGUAUAAUAUUAUAGAUUGUAGAUAGUACUAGAGAGAGGUUGCGUGCUCUUCAGCUAUCUGUAUCUUUAUAUCGCUCUCGUGAUUAGCGAGUAUCGCUUCUAGAUUACAGAUAGCUAGAUAUAGCUCGAGAUAUCGAGUAGACAGAGAGAGGAGGACAUCAGAGGCAAUGGAGCUAUCUAUUGAUGAGAUACAAAAUACGAGUAUAGAGAUUAAUAGAUAUUAUACUAUUAUUCUAGCAGAUAAAUCUAUUCGAUCUCUUGUAUGAGCUGCCUUACUAUCUCUACUAUUCUCUCUUUCACCAUCUCUCUAGUCGAUCAUCUUCCCACCUUUAUAUCUCUCGGUCCUUUUGUCCCCAUCCUUAUUUUACUCUUAGACUAGAUUUACGAUCUAAGUGAUUAAUCUCUAGAUUAUAGAAGUGAUUAAGGCUGAUUAAGAGGUGUUAGUGGUGUGAUUGAGAGGCUGCUGAACAGAACCUCCUCUACAUACUGCUGGUGAGUUCAGCUGUGGCCACUGCCAGAGCAGCCUGACCUCUCACCUCUGACCCCUGUGUUAUCACACAGAGAGACCCGAGGUCACGCUCAGAUAUUCCCGUGUAGUGCAUUACUUUUGGCCAGGGCCCUAUACAGUUCAUUACUUUUGGCCAGUUCAUCCAUAGACAUAUAGAGCGAUAGUCAAAAACACACACCUGAGACAUACCUGUGCCAUAUGGGAAAUGGAGCAUCAUUUGGGCCUGUCUUCUUCGGUUGUGCCUUUGUAUUGACUGUGAAAGGUCCUGUCUCUUCCUCUGUGGUUGUAGAGUCUCGGAGGCUGAACCCUCUGGAAGACCCAGACUUCACACUGAUUGUGCGUGUGGAGGACAUGGGCGGGGAGUCGUUGAAUGCUCUCAACGGUAACGCAAGGGUUAACAUUGCUGUGCAGGAGAACCUGUGGGUCAAUCCUGGACCAAUCAACCUCAGAGAACAGUUGAAAGGGAUAUACCCCAUGCCCAUCGGCAAGGUACGGCAGGGGUGGAGAUUACAUUUACAUUUACAUUUUAGUCAUUUAGCAGACGCUCUUAUCCAGAGCGACUUACAGGAGCAAUUAGGGUUAAGAUCACACAAUCAUAGGUAUACCAGUACCUAACUAAGGAGUCUGUUUAGAAAACACUAAGGACCUAAGGAGUCUGUUUAGAAAACACUAAGGACCUAAUGAGGCUGUUUAGAAAACACUAAGGACCUAAGGAGUCUGUUUAGAAAACACUAAUGACCUAAUGAGGCUGUUUAGAAAACACUAAGGACCUAAGGAGUCUGUUUAGAAAACACUAAUGACCUAAUGAGGCUGUUUAGAAAACACUAAGGACCUAAGGAGUCUGUUUAGAAAACACCAAGGACCUAAGGAGUCUGUUUAGAAAACACUAAGUACCUAAGGAGUCUAUUUAGAAAACACUAAUGACCUAAUGAGGCUGUUUAGAAAACACUAAGGACCUAAGGAGCCUGUUUAGAAAACACUAAGGGCCUAAGGAGACUGUUUAGAAAGUACUAAUGACCUAAGGAGACUGUUUAGAAAACACAUAAUCAGCAUGCAUACCUUAAAUGUGAUCUCCUAUUGACAUCACUGAUUAAAGCAAAAUGUUACAUAUAAAGCAGUUAAGAUACAUAACAUAUCUACAUUUGUCUGUCUGUCUGUCUGUCUGUCUGUCUGUCUGUCUGUCUGUCUGUCUGUCUGUCUGUCUGUCUGUCUGUCUGUCUGUCUGUCUGUCUGUCUGUCUGUCUGUCUGUCUGUCUGUCUGUCUGUCUGUCUGUCUGUCUAACUGUCUCCCUGCAGGUCCAGUCUAAUGAUCCCAGUGCCCUCUACAGGCUGGUACAGAAAGAGCGGGAGCUGACGUUCCCCUUCAAUGUCACGGAGGAAGGAGACAUUCUGCUGACUGAGGAGCUGGACAGAGAGGACAAGGCCAUGGUAACCAGCUAGACCUCCUCAUCACAAUCACUAUCCCAAGCAGUAUUAUUUAAUGGAGUACUGUCCAUCACUGGAUAGUUCACAUCAAAAUCACUGUGUGCAUGUGUGUUCCAGUACAUCCUGGUGGUGUUUGCUGAGGAUAGCCAUGGUAACGAGGUAGACCCUCCCCUGGAGGUGCAGGUGGUGGUGGACGAUGUGAAUGAUAACCCUCCAAUCUGUGAGGAGGAACUCAGUGUGUUUGAAGUGCAGGAGAACGAACCCACAGGUAACUAACUACUGGAUGUGUGUGUGAUAGGUUGGGGACAUGUGUGAUACACUACACGGCCAAAAGUAUAUGGACACCCCUUAAAAUUAGUGGAUUUCAGCUACACCCGUUCGUGACAGGUGUAAAAAAAACGAGCACACAGCCAUGCAAUCUCCAUAGACAAACACCAUCAUAGGAUGCCACCUUUCCAACAAGUCUGUUAGUCAAAUGUAUGCCCUGCUAGAGCUGCCCCAGUCAACUGUAAGUGCUGUUAUUGUGAAGUGGAAACGUCUAGGAGCAACAAAUCAAAUCAAAUCAAAUCAAAUUUUAUUGGUCACAUGCGCCGAAUACAACAGGUGCAGACAUUACAGUGAAAUGCUUACUUACACGCCCUUAACCAACAGUGGCAUUUAUUUUAAACAAAAAAGUAAGAAUAAAACAACAAACAAAAAAGUGUUGAGAAAAAAAAAGAGCAGAAGUAAAAAUAAAGUGACAGUAGGGAGGCUAUAUAACAAUAGAAUAAAGUGGACAGUAGGAGGCUAUAUAUACAGGGGGGGUACCGUUGCAUAGUCAAUGUGCGGGGGGCACCGGCUAGUUGAGGUAAUAUGUACAUGUGGGUAGAGUUAAAAUGACUAUGCAUAAUACUUAACAGAGUAGCAGCAGCGUAAAAAGGAUGGGGUGGGGGGGCAGUGCAAAUAGUCCGGGUAGCCAUGAUUAGCUGUUCAGGAGUCUUAUGGCUUGGGGGUAGAAGCUGUUGAGAAGUCUUUUGGACCUAGACUUGGCACUCCGGUACCGCUUGCCGUGCGGUAGCAGAGAGAACAGUCUAUGACUAGGGUGACUGGAGUCUUUGACAAUUUUGAGCGUGAUGUGGUAGGUCACACAAGCUCACAGAAUGGGACCGCCAAGUGCUGAAGCGCGUAAAAAUCUUCUGUUCUCGGUUGCAACGCUCACUACCGAGUUCCAAACUGCCUCUGGAAGCAAUGUCAGCACAAGAACUGUUCGUCAGAGAGAGAAAGCGAGAGAGAGAGAGAGAGAGUGAGAGUGAGAGUGAGAGUGAGAUAUUCCCGUGUAGUGCACUACUUUUGGCCAGGGCCCUAUAUAGUGCACUACUUUUGUGCACUUCAAACACGCUGUUCGUCAGGAGCUUCAUGAAAUGGGUUUCCAUAGACGAGCAGCCACACACAAGCCUAAGAUCACCAUGCGCAAUGCCAAGCGCCAGCUAGAGUGGUGUAAAGCUCACCGCCAUUGGACUCUGGAGCAGUGGAAAUGUGUUCUCUGAAGUUGUCAAGGCGUCAGUGUAAUGCGGUAGGCGAAGUCAGGAGCAGGACACAGAGCUAAUCAAAAGCGUACUUUACUCGAAGGUAAAAGAAUGAACAGCAAACCUCCACGCAGGGAGGGAACAAUCCCGCACACUAACGACAACCAAGACUAAUACAAACACACACAACACACAGUGUGAGACAGAGGGUUAAAUAGGGAAGACAUAACUACAUGAUGGGAAACAGGUGUGACCAAUUAAGACAAAACAAGUCGAUGACGAACGCCGAAGCCUGCCCAAGCAAGGAGGAGGGGCAGCCUCGGCUGAAUCCGUGACAGUACCCCCCCCUUGACCUCGGGGACGGCCAGGAGGACACGGAGCAGGGUGGGUCAGAUGACUCUGGUGGAAAUCCCUCAAAAUGGAGGGAUCGAGGAUGUCCCUUCUAGGGACCCAGCACCGUUCCUCCGGACCGUACCCCUACAACUCCACGAGGUACUGCAGGCCCCCCACCCGACGCCUCGAAUCCAAGAUGGAACGGACCGAGUACGCCGGAGCCCCCUCGAUGUCCAGUGGGGGCGGAGGAACCUCCCGUACCUCAGACUCCUGGAGUGGUCCAGCUACUACCGGCCUGAGGAGAGACACAUGGAACGAGGGGUUAAUACGGUAAUCAAUGGGAAGUUGUAACCUAUAACAAACCUCGUUCAAUCUCCUCAGGACUUUAAAUGGCCCCACAAACCGCCGAUCCAGCUUCCGGCAGGGCAGGCGAAGGGGCAGGUUUCGGGUCGAGAGUCAGACCCGGUCCCCCGGUGCAUACACCGGGGACUCACUGCGGUGGCGAUCGGCGCUCGUCUUUUGUCGCCUGAUUGCCCGCUGUAGGUGUACAUGAGCAGCGUUCCAGGUCUCUUCCGAGCGCCGAAACCACUCAUCCACCACAGGAGCCUUGAUCUGGCUCUGAUGCCAAGGUGCCAGAACCGGCUGAUAACCUAACACACACUGGAAAGGCGAAAGGUUAGUAGAGGAGUGGCGGAGUGAGUUUUCUCUGCCCGGGGGAUAUAACCUGACCACUCCCCCUGCCGGUCCUGGCAAUAGGACCUCAGAAACCUACCCACAUCCUGGUUAACUCUCUCCACCUGCCCAUUACUCUCGGGGUGAAAACCUGAGGUAAGGGUAAUCGAGACCCCCAGACGUUCCAUGAACGCCCUCCAGACCCUUGAGGUGAACUGGGGACCCCGAUCCGACACAAUAUCCUCAGGUACCCCGUAGUGCCGGAAGACAUGUGUAAACAGGGCCUCAGCAGUUUGUAGGGCUGUAGGGAGACCUGGCAUAGGAAUGAGACGGCAGGACUUAGAAAACCGAUCCACAACAACCAGGAUCGUGGUGUUCCCUUGUGAGGGGGGAAGGUCCAUCACAAAAUCCACCGAUAGGUGGGACCACGUCCGUUGUGGAACGGGUAGGGGUUGUAAUUUCCCUCUGGGCAGGUGUCUAGGUGCCUUACACUGUGCGCACACCGAGCAGAAGGAAACAUAAACUCUCACGUCCUUGGCUAAAGUGGGCCACCAGUACUUCCCACUAAGACAGUGCACUAUCCAACCGAUGCCAGGAUGACCAGAGGAGGGUGACGUGUGAGCCCAAUAGAUCAAUCGAUCACGAACCUCGAGCGGCACGUACAUCCGACCCUCUGGACACUGGGGAGGAGUGGGCUCGGUACGUAACGCCUGCUCAAUGUCCGCGUCAACCUCCCACACCACCGGUGGCACCAGACACGACGCCGGAAGUAUGGGAGUGGGCUCAAUGGACCUCUCCUCUGUGUCAUACAGUCGGGACAGGGCGUCUGCCUUAGCGUUCUAGGAACCUGGUCUGUAAGUGAGAGUAAACACAAAACGAGUGAAGAACAUGGCCCACCUUGCCUGACGAGGGUUCAGCCUCCUCGCCGCCCGGAUGUACUCCAGAUUACGAUGGUCAGUCAAAAAUGAGAAAAGGGUGUUCAGCACCCUCAAGCCAAUGCCUCCACACUUUCAGAGCUUUAACCACAGCUAACAGCUCCCGGUCCCCCACAUCAUAGUUGCGCUCCGCCGGACUGAGCUUCUUAGAAAAGAAAGCACAGGGGCAGAGUUUUGGUGGCGUACCCGAGCGCUGAGACAGUACAGCUCCAAUCCCAGCCUCGGACGCGUCCACCUCAACCUGGAAUGCCAAGGAAGGAUCCGGAUGAGCCAGCACCGGAGCCGAGGUAAACAGGUCCUUCAGAUGCCCAAAAGCCCUGUCCGCCUCCGCUGACCACUGCAGAUGCACCGGUCCUCCCUUUAGCAAGGAGGUAAUGGGGGCUGCUACCUGACCAAAGCCCCGGAUAAACCUCCGGUAGUAAUUGGCAAAACCCAAGAAUCGCUGCACCUCCUUCACCGUGGUUGGAGUCGGCCAAUUACGCAUGGCCGAAAUGCGGUCAAUCUCCAUCUCCACACCUGACGCGGACAGGCGGUGUCCUAGGAAGGAGAUGGAUUCUUGGAAGAACAAACAUUUCUCCGCCUUCACAUACAGGUCAUGCUCUAACAGUCGACCAAGCACCCGACGCACCAGGGACACAUGCUCUGCCCGUGUAGCGGUGUAUAUGAGAAUGUCAUCAAUAUACACCACUACACCCUGUCCAUGCAGGUCCCUGAAAAUCUCAUCAACAAAAGAUUAGAAGACUGAAGGAGCAUUCAUCAAACCGUAUGGCAUGACUAGGUACUCAUAGUGCCCCGAGGUGGUACUAAAUGCAGUCUUCCACUCAUCUCCCUCCCGGAUACGCACCAGGUUGUACGCGCUCCUAAGUUCCAAUUUCAUGAAGAAGCGCGCCCCGUGCAAUGACUACGUCAUGCUCGCAAUCAGAGGUAAUGGAUAGCUGUAUUUUACAGUGAUCUGAUUUAGACCACGGUUGUCAAUGCACGUGCGUAAGCCACCAUCCUUCUUCUUCACAAAAAAGAAACUCGAUGACACAGGGGAAGUGGACGGCCGAAUGUAUCCUUGUCUCAGAGAUUCGGUGACAUAUGUUUCCAUAGCCGCCGUCUCUUCCUGUGACAGAGGAUACACGUGACUCCGGGGAAGCGCAGCGCCUACCUGGAGAUUUAUCGCACAAUCCCCUUGUCGAUGGGGUGGUAAUUGAGUCGCCUUCUUUUUACAGAAGGCGAGAGCCAAAUCGGCAUAUUCAGGUGGAAUGUUCAUGGUGGGAACCUGGUUUGGACUUUCCACCGUAGUUGCCCCUACGGAAACACCUACACACCUCCCCAAGCACUGACUUGACCAUCCCUUGAGAGCCCUCUGUUGCCAUGAAAUAGUGGGGUCAUGAGAAGUUAACCAGGGAAGCCCCAACACCACUGGAAACGCAGGAGAAUCAAUCAGAAAUAGACGAAUUAUUUCCUCAUGCCCCUCCUGCGUCUUCAUCCAGAGUGGCGCUGUGACCUCCCUAAUCAGACCUGACCCUAAAGGGCGACUAUCUAGGGCAGGGUUCUUCAAUUCCGGUCCUGGAGGGCUGAAACACCUCUGUUUUUCAUCCUCUCCUUCUAAUCAGGGGCUAAUUCAGACCUGGGACACCAGGUGAGUGCAAUUAACUACCAGGUAGAAAUAAAAAACAGAAGUGUUUCGGCCCUCCAGGACCGGAAUUGAAGAACCCUGAUCUAGGGCAUGUAUAGGGAAGGGCACAUCAACUGGCACAAUAGGAAUCCCUAACCUACGGGUAAACUGACGAUCAAUAAAAUUCCCAGCUGCGCCUGAAUCUACUAGCGCCUUAUGCUGGGAAUGAGAAGAAAACUCAGGAAAUACUACAUUUAUACACAUAUGCGCAACAGAGAGCUCUGGGUGAGUUGGGUGCCUACUCACCUGAAACGGUUCAUCAGUGCGCUGCCUACUGCCUCGACUCCUUGAAGGCCCUCCCCAGCACCGACCAGCAGUGUGUCCUCUGCGGCCACAGUUGGUGCAGGGGACGGCCCCUCUACCGGCCUCCCUCAUAGCAGCACCUCCGAGCUCUAUAGGGGUAGGAUCGGAGGUGCUGGGGGAUGGAAUGGACGGCCCCUCUACCGGACGUCUGCGGGUGGCCAACAGGUUAUCCAGUCGGAUUGAAAUAUCCACUAGUUGGUCCAGGUUUAGGUUGGUGUCCCUGCAGGGCAAUUCCCGACGAACGUCCUCCCUUAAGUUGCAACGGUAGUGGUCGAUGAGGGCCCUCUCAUUCCAUCCUGCGCUGGCAGCCAGAGUCCGAAAGUCCAGUGCAAAUUCCUGCGCGCUCCUCUUCCCCUGUCUGAGAUGGAAUAGACGCUCACCCGCCGCUCUCCCCUCUGGUGGAUGAUCAAAUACCGCCCUAAAGCGGCGGGUAAACUCCGCAUAGCUUACAGUUGCGGCGUCUAUUCCCCCCCACUCGGUGUUGGCCCACUCCAGCACUUUACCGGACAGACAGGAGAUGAGGGCGGACACGCUCUCGUAUCCCGAGGGAGCUGGGUGGAUGGUUGCCAGGUAGAGCUCUACCUGGAGCAGAAAACCCUGACACCCGGCAGCUGUACCGUCAUAAGCCCUAGGGAGCGAGAGCCGAAUCCCACUGGACGCAGAUGGUGAAGAGAUGGACAUCGGUGUAGGUGGUGGUGUAAUUGGAGGAGGUAUAGGGAUAUCUCCUCUCUCCCAUCGCUCCAUAGUAUUUACUACUCGUUCCAUAGCUGUGCCGAGAGCCUGGAUCAUGGCCGCUUGUUGUUGGAAGCGUUCCUCCAUCGAUCCGGCUGGCACAGCUGUUCCUGCUGACUCCAUGUUAUGGUGCGUGUUUCUGUCAAGGCGUCAGUGUAAUGCGGUAGGCGAAGUCAGGCGCAGGACAGAGCUAAUCAAAAGUGUACUUUACUCGAAGGUAAAAGAAUGAACAGCAAACCUCCACGCAGGGAGGGAAUAAUCCCGCACACUAAUGACAACCAAGACUAAUACAAACACACACAACACACAGUGUGAGACAGAGGGUUAAAUAGGGAAGACAUAACUACAUGAUGGGAAGUCGAACAUAGAUACAUGGAUCGGUAGCAGCUAGUACUCCAGUGACGACGAACGCCGAAGCCUGCCCGAGCAAGGAGGAGGGGCAGCCUCUGCUGAAUCCGUGACAGAAGUGAUGAAUCCCACUUCACCAUAUGGCAGUCCGACGGACUAAUCUGGGUUUCGAAUACAUAGUGUCAACUGUAAUGUUUGGUGGAGGAGGAAUAAUGGUCUGGGGCUGUUUUUCAUGGUUCGAGCUAGGCCCCUUAGUUCCAGUAAAGGGAAAUCUUAACGCUGCAGCAUACAAUAACAUUCUAGACGAUUCUGUGCUUCCAACUUUGUGGCAACAGUUUGGGGAAGGCCCUUUACUGUUUCAGCAUGACAAUGCCCCCGUGCAUAAAGUGAGGUCCAUACAGAAAUUAUUUGACGAGAUCGGUGUGGAAGAACUUGACUGGCCUGCACAGAGCCCUGACCUCAACCCCAUCAAACACCUUUGGGAUAAUUGGAAUGCCGACUGCGAGCCAGGCCUAAUCGCCCAACAUCAGUGCCCAACCUCACUAAUGAUCUUGUGGCUGAAUGGAAGAAAGUCCCCGCAGCAAUGUUCCAACAUCUAGUGGAAAGCCUUCCCAUUUUGGAAUGAGAUGUUCGACGAGCAGGUGUCCACAUAAUUUUCUAUAAAUGUGUGAAAAGUCUCAUAUCUUGUGACUGAUGUUAGGACUAUGUUGUGACUGAUGUUAGGACUGUGUUGAGACUGAUGUUAGGACUGUGUUGAGACUGAUGUUAGGUAUGUGUUGUGACUGAUGUUAGGACUGUGUUGAGACUGAUGUUAGAACUGUGUUGUGACUGAUGUUAGGACUGUGUUGUGACUGAUGUUAGGACUGUGUUGAGACUGAAUUUAGGACUGUGUUGUGACUGAUGUUAGGACCGUGUUGUGACUGAUGUUAGGACUGUGUUGAGACUGAUGUCAGGACUGUGUUGAGACUGAUGUUAGGACUGUGUUGUGACUGAUGUUAGAACUGUGUUGUGACUGAUGUUAGGACUGUGUUGAGACUGAUGUUAGGACUGUGUUGUGACUGAUGUUAGAACUGUGUUGUGACUGAUGUUAGGACUGUGUUGUGACUGAUGUUAGGACUGUGUUGUGACUGAUGUUAGGACUGUGUUGUGACUGAUGUUAGGACUGUGUUGAGACUGAUGUUAGGACUGUGUUGUGACUGAUGUUAGGACUGUGUUGUGACUGAUGUUAGGACUGUGUUGUUAUAUCAAAGGUAUGUGACCAUGGGAAAACAUCGUUUAUUGUGCUCAGAGCUGAAGCAUUCUAACAGUAACUCAUAUAACCUGUGUGAUUGGUUCCUCUGGGUUCCAGGCAGUCCAAUUGGAGAUCUGAUGGUGCAUGACGCUGAUGACAUCAACACACCCAACGCACUGCUCUCCUAUUCACUGGUGUCCCAAACCCCUUCAUCCGUCUUUACCAUCGAUGGCAUCAGCGGCCGCAUCCAGGCCAAGCAGAUGCUCCAACGCAGAGACGCAACAGAGUACCACCUCACUGUCAGAGUAAACGACCCAGGUACAUGCACGCACACACACAGGCACGCACACACACACACUUGACCUUGGCCUAAAAGUUUGAACAGCAUAGACACGUGUUUGCUUCCAUGGGCCCUCACAUACUGUUUUGUGUCUGUCAGGUUUCAGCACAGAAUGUAAGGUCCUCAUCAAGGUCAUCGACAUCAACAAUGAGCUCCCCAUCUUCGAGAUGAAUGACGUGAGACAUACCUGAGACACACACCUGAGACACACACCUGAGACACACACCUGAGACAUACCUGAGACACACCUGAGACACACCUGAGACACACACCUGAGACAUACCUGAGACACACACCUGAGACAUACCUGAGACACACACCUGAGACAUACCUGAGACAUACUGAGACAUACCUGGAGACCACACCACAUGAGACAUACCUGAGACACACACCUGAGACAUACCUGAGACACACACCUGAGACAUACCUGAGACAUACCUGAGACAUACCUGAGACAUACCUGAGACACACACCUGAGACAUACCUGAGACACACACCUGAGACAUACCUGAGACACACACUGAGACAUACUGAGACAUACCUGAGACACACACCUGAGACAUACCUGAGACACACACCUGAGACAUACCUGAGACACACACCUGAGACACCACCCUGAGACAUACUGAGACAUACUGAGACCUAUGGACAUACCUGAGGCCACAUACCUGAGACACACACCUGGACAUACCUGAGACAUACCUGAGGACACAUUACUGAGGACACACACUGAGAAAUACCUUGAGACACACCACCGGAGACACACUGACCUGCCACAUCCUGAGACACACACCUGAGACACACACCGAGACAUACCUGAGACAUACCUGAGAAACUGAGACACAUGAACCAUACUGAGAGACACACACCUGAGACAUACCUGAGACACACCGAGACAUACCUGAGACAUACCUGAGGCACACACCUGAGACAUACCUGAGACACCUGAGUUUCAUAGAUGCUUUAGUGGUAGGGUGUACCUGUGACCUUUAAACUCUCGCUCGUCGCGCGCGGCGUCGCGAGGGAAGGGGCUCGCGAGACGGAGCGGCGCUCGCGCGCAGGAGAGGGAGAAGGAGAGAGACGACGAGCAGCAAGCAGCAGACAUCAGCAGCACGCACGCCAACCACGCAAUCACCAGGCUCAAGCAGCCACUCACGCACGCUCAUCAAGCCCGUAUAGGAAUUCAAGCUCUAUGUGGGUUUCGAUAUAGCUAUCUCUCGCUCUAUCUUCCAUCUCUCUCUCUCUCUCUCUCUUUCUCUCUCUCUCUCCUCUCUUCUCUCUCUCUCUCUCUCUGUCUUUUGCUGUUGCUUUGUAGUAUGGUAGUCACAACCUGUCUGAAGACACAGCUGUAGGCCACACCCUCCUGACGGUAAAAGCCACAGACGCUGACGACCCUGGAACAGGAAGCUCCCGCAUCGAGUUCCACAUAACCGCGGGCAACAAGAUGGAGUUUUCGCCAUGGAGACAGACGACAAUGGGGAGGGCAGGCUUGUUGUUGCCAAGGUAAUUUCAUACUGGAAGACACCUAUGGAAGGUCAGAUUUUGAUAGGUGAUGAUAAAGAUGGUAAACUGAUCCUAGAUCUAUGGUUGUAUUGAUUAUUAAGGGAAACUUCCACCAGCAGCCUGAAACAAACCAACAACAAAACGCUCCAUUUGCCCAUAAUGCUCACAGUCCGAUCUCCUAAAAAAUGCGAAAAUAACAAAAAAAGAGAGAGAAAGAGAGGGAGGGAAAAGAGGAAAAAACGAAGAACAUAAAAGAAGAAAAAAAAGUAGAGAUCACAAUAAGAAAAAGGAGAAAAGAAAGAAAAAUCAAAGAGCACUAAAAAAAAAGAAAAAGAAAAAGCGAGAAACAAAUGGAAACCUCCGGACUAAAAAAAAGCCUCAAAAAGAAGUAAGAACAACGCCUAACCUAGGAAACAACUCCCUCAACGAAGAGAGCCCCCCCCAUCUCUCCUUCUUCUCCCCUAUAUGCCGCCCUCCCUCCUAUCUCUUCCUUCUCCACCUUCCUCCCUCCUCUUCCUCCCUCCCCCUCUUCUCCAGCCUCUCUCCCCUCUCCGCCUCUGGAACUAUGAGGCUGCUUCUUCCUAUAUGCUACAGAUUGAUGCUCGAAACCCAGAACCCCUGGUGAAGGGUCUGGAGUACGGUGCUGAGUCCUCCGCCGUCGUCUCGUUGGCGAUCAUUGACGUUGAUGAGGCUCCAGUGUUUGCCAUGGACAUUCUGGAUGUCGCGGUGCCAGAGGACACCAAGGAGGGAGCUACGUUGCUCAAAAUAAACGCCAAGGACCCAGAGGGCAAAGAGAUACUGUAAUCACAUGAUGAGAGGGACUGAUGGUGUGUGUGUGUGUGUGUGUGUGUGUGUGUGUUAUGGCUCUGACAGUGUGUGUGUGUGUGCAUUGUAGGUUCAAGAUGGAGGGAGACACUAAGGGUUGGUUGGAGAUUGAUCCUGCUACUGGAGAGAUAAAGAUAAAGAAUAAAGCCGUGCUGGACAGAGAGACGGUGGAGGCCUUCCACUUUACUGUUGUCGCCUUCGAGAAAGGUGAAGAACACACAUAUGUAUAUUUCAGAUACUUUUUUUGACCCACAAACUCAGUUUGAGUCCAAGUUAGAGAAUAUCCAUAAUGAAUAACAUCUCUCCCCCUCUCCACCCCCAGCCAAUCCAGAGCUGUCCUCAGAGCGCGAGGUGUCUGUGAGGCUGCUGGAUGUGAAUGACAAUGUCCCCAAGCUGACAGAGAACCAGGCUUUCAUCUGUGUGAAGAAGCCCCAGCCUAUAGUCCUGACGGCCCUGGACGCAGACGCAGACCCCUUCGGAGCACCUUUCACAUUCAGCCUGGCCCAGGGCAAGAAGUCCCCCAACUGGGACCUAAGCACUGUGGACGGUACACAUUUGUUAGACAAGACUACAUCUCCUAGAGAUCCUGUCUAGUAAUGUCCUCCCGUGCUGAUGUGGGAUUGUGUCUCUUCCCUUGGUUUCCUGUAGGUACGUCUGCUAAACUGACCCUGAAGAAAUCUCCCAGCGAGGACAAAACAUUCCUAAUCCCCAUCAACAUCAAAGACAACGCUGGCAUGGGCAUCACACAGAAGUUUGAGGGUGAGUGGUUACAGCCAGGUGUGUGUAAUAGCACAUAUCACACACACACCACUGUGUAGCUGUGAGUGGGUGUCUUCUAGCAAUGUGUAUUUGUCUCUGACGUGUGUGUUCUCCCUACAGUGCGAGUGUGUAACUGUACAGAGCUGGGAUACUGUUUCACCAAGCCGGACGUUCAUGCAGGGGUGUUAGGAAUGCCCACCACCGUUGGAAUCCUGGCUGGAACUGUCGGAUUCAUCGGUGAGUAACAGGCGCUGUUGUUCACUGGUGUUGUUGAUGUGUACCGCACUUUAAGAGAAGAGGGAGGAAUGGUACAAUCGAGGAACUAAGACCUAGCUGUAACAUAAAACAUUUUGUUGUUGUUGAUUGUUUUUGUUGUUAUUUUUGACUAAUCUCUCGUGGACAGACUAAUCGAGUAUCUAAUGCAUUUACGCAGGAUUUUAGUUCUGGGUUUCCAAUAUAAAUGUUUGACUGUUGUUGACGGGUGAUGUUACUUCCUCCAUAGCCCUCGUCCUGGUCAUCGCUUUCCACCGUAUAAAGAAGGACAACCAGAAGAAAGCCUUGCAGGGAGAAACGGAUGCCAUUCUCUAGAAACAGUGUUUGUUUAAUUGUUAUAUUUACUUUGAUUGGUUGUAUGCAUAUGUUAUAAAUACUACCUGGUCUCACCAUAAUCAUGCGCUCAUUCAGCUCAAUAACUUAUUUCCCCUGUUAAUGAAUUGAGUCUGUAUUUAGAAUUUAGACUGCUCAUUCCCAGCUGGUGUGUCUUGACUGGCUGUGCACUGUGUGUGAUGGUUCAAACACUCCUUUUCAAGCUGCUUGCUAUAAUUGUGUAGAUUGUUGCUCAGAGACUUUAUUUCACUGUUUCCCUCUGACUGUUUUUUUGUACAGAUACUCCAUUAUGUUUUUGAUGUAGCCUGAUAUCAGUGAAGAUGCUAGCUAGCCAAGAGUUAAAUGAAAAGGGUUCCAUCACUUUAGAAUGGGAGAAAGACUGCAUGCAGUAAAGAGUAGAAAUGACCAUGGAAAAACGACCAACGUUGGAGACAGUUCCACCACCUAAACAUCCCUCAGUUGAACCCUUGGUGUUAACAGUUUGACAAGCCCAGUGUAAAUGAAUAUCUGAGUGUGUACCAAGGUUAUUAUAGUUUGGUGAUUUUCUAUUAGAUUUUAUUUCUAUUACUUUUUUGAUUUUUUUUCAAAUUCAGUUUAGUUUCCAUUAGUUUUCAGACUUGAUUUACUCGUUUUUAUUCCGUUUCAGUUCGAUAAAAAACAUUUAUAUUUCGUUUUUCUAUUAUUUUCCGUUUCAGUUUUAGUGUCAGGGACAGAAAGUAGCCUUAUGUGUGGGAGGCUAGGAGCCAUGUAUGUGUUGAAAGACUAUAGCAGGGGUACUCAAGUACUAUUUGAGAAGGUCCGGUCACACAAAUUUCCUAGGUGGAAAAGAUCCAGAUGGAUAUUGUUAUUUAUUGGCGUAGUAACAAACC